UGAGUCAGACAUUUCUAAAUUCAACAACAUAAUGUUUAAAUUAGUGACUUUUUCAAUACAAUAUCUUCCUCUUGAAAUCAUAGAAUUGAUUUUCACAUACGUUCCACGAAAAGAAAAACUUAAACUGCGACUUAUUUGCAAAAAAUGGAAAGAAAUCUUCGAAAGCUCUUUCGAUUCCCGCAAAUUACUUCAUCUAAGAAUAUCUGGAUGGGAAGUCAGCAAAUCGGAAACUUUAAAUUUCCUCGCAGAAUCAACUACGUGCUUUAAUCAACUGUCUCUAAUUCAAGCGGAGUUGCAUGACAUCCCAAAGAAUGUUUGGGAAAACAUUGGAAGAAAUUUACGUGUACUAACCUUUCGAUAUUGCUUGAAAAUGGGAAUUGAGGAUUUUCAUAAAAUACUGAAUUUCUGUUCAAAUGUCGAAGAAUUGCAAAUUUUUGAUCAUUUUCCUCCAUUGGGACCGGGAUAUAAAUUCAAGACGUAUUUGAGCUUUUCAUGGAAUGUUUCUAACGUGAAACGAUUCGAAAUGUUUCGAGCUAGUGCUGUGGAUAAUCAAAAACUUCAGGAUUUUGUCACAAGAAUGACAAAACUGGAAUAUUUAAGGAUAGAGUCAGCUUAUCUCAAACGAAUGGAAGAAUCAAUUUUGGAUAUUUGUGAAAAAAGAGAUGAUUUACGAUCCUUGCUGUUAGUUGACAUAAGUGAAGUGGGCGGAUAUGAUUUCCUUUUCAUACUUAAUAGGUUCCAGAUAGCGAAAUUAAAUAGAUACGGAUGUCGUUUAAUUAAAACACAAUUAACACCAGAACUAAAAAAAUUUCUAGAACUGAAUACAAGACUUCAAUAUUUUGAAGUAUGGAUCUCUAAUGAAGAAUUAGAUCCUAAAUUCCUCUAUGACGUGUUUCAAUAUAGCUCAAGUCUAAAGAAGCUUAUAAUUCAUUGUGAUCAACUCAUUAAGCCAUUUACUAGAAACGAAGUUGAACUCUAUCAAAAAAGAAAACUGAAGAAAAUUGUCUUCUUUCCAGAUUAAUUUUGUAAUAAAAAUUCAAUAAAAGUAAUUUCAAUUCAAACAAAAAUAUGGAAAUAAAAUUAAAAAUCGUAAAUAUUUAAAUGCGCAGCGAAAAUCAAGCCAACAAGGUUGAGAACAGCAACAACAGUUAAAUAAAUGCUCACAUGGGAAAUAUGAGCAUUGAUUACAAGCGGAAAGUAAUUGUAGAUAUAUUUAUUUUAACAUAUAAAUAAAAUUAAUAUCUGUGCCAAUGGAGAAUUCUCUCCUGCUGCAAAUUUCUGCUAGAAUAGCAAAAGGAGCGUCGUUGUCGAUAUAUGAAAUGAAAAAACAAAUAAAAACAAGCAACUAAAAUGAUAUUACAUUGCAAUGAAACAUCAUCGGAUACUUUUUUCGCUCUCUCUCUCUAGUAUACAGUCCGGACAUUACUGAAUCACAGUGUGUUGCAAGUCGUAACUUUUCAUCUCACGCGGUUGAGGGCGAACGAUCAGAACACAAUUAAAUAGAUCGCUUGCAAUAGUUUUGAUAUACUGUGUGUAUUUAAAAUAUUAUUACACAUAUUAGUACUUUUGUUAUUUGAGAUGAAGUUGAAACAAUAAAAAAAAAUGUUUUUUUUUUGUCGAUCGUGAAAAAAUUAACUAA